GCGGCGAGAGCCACCGGGCGCUGUUGACAGCUGCACGGGAACGUAGAGGGGACUGGGCCCCUUCAAUAAAAAGAUAGUAGCCCAUCAAGAAUAUUCACGUAGUGGAAGUCAAGGAAUGGCACUUUUGCACACAGCGUCCACGAAAGACGUGAUCAUGACGCUAAUGAAGGGCUCCUUUACAUAUGCCACUGGGGAGGAAUACCAAGGAGAAUGGAAGGAAGGGCGAAGGCACGGGCUCGGACAGCUGAGAUUCACGGAUGGCACACACUAUCUGGGCCAGUUUGAGAAUGGGCUGUUUAGUGGCUGUGGCGUUCUCGCCUUUCCCGACGGCUCCAGAUUUGAAGGCGAGUUUUCUCAAGGAAAGUUUCAUGGCGUUGGUGUGUUCUCAAGAUCCGAUGGGAUGAUGUUUGAAGGAGAGUUUAAGAACGGCCACGUGGAGGGAUAUGGUUUGCUGACCUUCCCAGACGGUUCCAAUGGCUUGCCGCGGAACGAAGGUAUUUUUGAGAACAAUAAGUUGUCCAAGCGUGAGAAGUGUGGGGCCAUUGUCCAGAGAGCUCAGGCUGCAGCAAAGACAGCCCGUGGCCUUUCUGUGUGAAUACGCUAAAUUCCCAUGUGAUCAGGUUUUUCGCCCAAAACUAGGACAUUUGGCGUUCUUUAGAAGUGGUCGCAGAUGUGAGAAGAAUGUUAGAUUACGUCUAUAAUCUCAGAGCGAUUGAUUUUCUUUUGCAAUGUGGAGAAAAAUAUAUCCAUUUCAUAAAAUGUACCAUGUUGUGGCUCAUAGUUUUAUUUUAAUUAUUUUUAUUUAAAUCUAUUCACUGUUCAAUGAAAUGCUCUGGAUCACACACCUGUCAAUGGCAUUUUGAAAAACAUAGCCUGACCUAUUUUUAUUCAAAUUGCGGUAUGAUUAAAAUAAAUUCCACAUAAAAAUCUGAAUUUAAUAUGCCGCAGAUGUAUUAUAUACACUUUCUAAGAAGAAAAAAAUCCCCAAUACAUUUCAAUGACUGAAGUAUAAUUAUAAAGCUCUGAAACAUGAAGAUAAAACCAAGCACAGUACAUCUGUGUUGUUACAAUAAAAAGUAUUGGCUAAACUGUAAAAAAAUAUAUCAUUUUUUGUUUUAAUUUCCUUUCUAGAUCAAGCAUGGCUUAGAAAAUUAGUUACAGAUGGAAGUGUGAUAUUUUUAUAUUGUCCUUUGUUGGAUAGUGGAUGAGGGGUGGGCAUUUGUCAUGAUGAUAACCGCUCAAGUGAUUUAUAUAAAAAUAUCAGUCUAUGCAUGGGUAUUGUGUAUAUAAAUCUGCAAGGGCACAGAUGUAUUUAAACAUUUUACUGUGAUCCAACGUAAGAUGUGUAAAAUGUCCUAUUGUUGAAGGCACAACAUUUCCUGUUCUUCACAAAGGCUAAAAAUCAAAUGGACUGUGCUUUUUUGAAUGUGCCUUUGCAGAUUUUCAGUUGACCCUUAUCAGCACGUUACUUUUCUGUCAGGUUGGUAUGCAUGCUGAAAGGACUCCUUAUGUUUACCUUUGUGCUGCAUUCGCCCAUUUUUUUCUUCUGGCAAUAAGACGCCCUCUUGUGUAUUUAUUACAGAUUUGCAUUUUUUAUACUUAGAAAAAGGUACCGGUUUUGGCUGUGAAAAUGAUUGCACUCGCUUUGUAGAACAUUGGUUUUUCUGAUAAACAUUUGCCAUGCUUCUGCUGGAAAAUUGUGUUGUCGAAUUAAACCAAUUAGUACGAAUUCCAAACAAUAUGCACUAGCACCUGCAUGCAAAGCACCAAACGACGAAGCCUGUCUGCUAUGGAAAACAGCUCAUUAAGUAGGCAUGUGUGUUAUCACUGUAUAUGUAUCGGUCCUCGACUUUUUCAUUUACCUUAUUCACGUUCUAUUUUCAGUGUAACUUACAUUAUUGUGUCAUUUAUAAAUGUGUUUGCAAUAAACGGUUUGGAUUCAUACAUUGAAAUUCAUGGACAAUUACAUCCUUCUUGGAGUUUCUUACAGGCAUAUGUACAUGUAAAGAGGCCCCCUUUUUCACUCCACCGCUGGAUGAGGGUAUCUUGGGAACCCGGGGCUAUUUGACCAUACUUCACCACGUUGGUCGGUUGGGGGCUGUUAGCUCAAAUGUCAUGCAGGGAUAUACACAGACGCAAUCCCAGAUGAAGGCUUUAGCGAGACCCCCACACAGCAUCUAAACCCAGUCUGAUCACUUGAUUAAAGAUUGAUUGAGCGAGUUGUGUGCACACCAUGUCACGGCCAAUUGAUAGACUAAAUCGUGCAUUAACGGCGUGUCUGAGAGCAUUGUGGAUGCGUUCUGGUGUUAAGUAAACUAAUUCACUUAUUUAGCACACAUAGGAUACACCGUAUCUCUUCCGUCGCUUAUUUUUUUGUAAUUACAUUAGUCUUUUCUCCAACCUGUCAUAAUACACUUUUAGAAAAGGCGGAUUGUUUUACUGUAGCAAUCUCCGCCAGUCAGUUGGAUUUUCCGUGCACGUGUGGUACCGUUAGCACUCUC